GAUCCGAGCAGGUAUAUAAGAGGCCCGGAGAGCGCCCGGCCAGACUGCGAAUGCGAACAGCCCGAGACAACGCAUCAGGUGCGAGUAGCCUGCAGGUUCCCGCUGAUUUGGCGCUGAGCACUUCGGCAAGACUGCCCUUCCUGCCCGACCCACUGGCCCACCGGCCCCCAAGCGCCCCUCCGACGGAGUCCCCAGGCCUUUUCACCGUGGCCGCUCCAGCCCCGGGAGCGCCUUCUCCUCCCGCCACCCUGGCGCACCUUCUUCCCGCCCAGGCCAUGUACAGCCUGCUGGAGACUGAACUCAAGAACCCCGCGGGGCCACCCACCCCAGCUGCAGGCGCGGGCGGCCCCGCAGCCCCGGGCGGUGCAGGCAAGAGUACCGCGAACGCAGGCGGCGGCGCGAACGCAGGCGGCGGCAGCGGCGGUGGCGCGAGCGGCGGCGGCGGCGGCGGCGGGGGCAGUGACCAGGACCGGGUGAAGCGGCCCAUGAACGCCUUCAUGGUGUGGUCCCGCGGGCAGCGGCGCAAGAUGGCUCUGGAGAACCCCAAGAUGCACAACUCUGAGAUCAGCAAGCGCUUGGGCGCCGACUGGAAACUGCUGACCGAUGCCGAGAAGCGGCCGUUCAUCGACGAGGCCAAGCGGCUGCGCGCCGUGCACAUGAAAGAAUACCCGGACUACAAGUACCGGCCGCGCCGCAAGACCAAGACGCUGCUCAAGAAGGACAAGUACUCCCUGCCCGGCGGCCUGCUGCCCCCCGGAGCCGCGGCCGCCGCCGCCGCCGCUGCCGCCGCCGCCGCCGCUAGCAGCCCGGUGGGCGUGGGCCAGCGCCUGGACACGUACACACACGUGAACGGCUGGGCCAACGGCGCGUACUCGCUGGUGCAGGAGCAGCUGGGCUACGCGCAGCCCGCGACCAUGAGCAGCCCGCCGCCGCCGCCCGCGCUGCCGCAGAUGCACCGCUACGACAUGGCCGGCCUGCAGUACAGCCCCAUGAUGCCGCCCGGCGCCCAGAGCUACAUGAACGCCGCCGCCGCCGCGGCUGCCGCUUCGGGCUACGGGGGCAUGGCGCCCUCCGCCGCCGCCGCCGCCGCCGCCGCCGCCUACGGGCAGCAGCCAGCCACCGCCGCGGCCGCCGCGGCCGCCGCCGCCAUGAGCCUGGGCCCCAUGGGCACGGUGGUGAAGACCGAGCCCAGCUCGCCGCCGCCCGCCAUCGCGUCGCACUCGCAGCGCGCGUGCCUCGGCGACCUGCGCGACAUGAUCAGCAUGUACCUGCCGCCCGGCGGGGACGCGGCUGACGCCGCCUCGCCGCUGCCGGGCGGCCGCCUGCACAGCGUGCACCAGCACUACCAGGGCGCCGGGACUGCCGUCAACGGAACGGUGCCGCUGACCCACAUCUGAGCACCGGCCUG